AUGACGAACAACGUGGCCGACCACCACCCCGGGAACUCGGUUGCCGAAGGCAACCAUGAGGGGGACUUUGGUUGCUCCAUGGUGGAGCUUAGGAACCUCAUGGAGCUGAGGAGUGCCGAGGCGGUCGCCCGGCUCAAUGACUCCUACGGCGGUGUGCAGAAUGUCUGCAAGAGGCUGAAGACGUCGCCAGUUGAAGGCCUGUCCGGGAACCCGACUGACCUAGAGAAGAGGCGGCAGGUCUUCGGCCAGAACUUCAUUCCUCCCAAAAAGGCCAAGACGUUCCUGCAGUUAGUGUGGGAGGCGCUCCAGGACGUCACGCUGAUCAUCUUGGAAAUCGCAGCCAUAAUCUCCCUGGGCCUGUCCUUCUACCACCCUCCGGGUGGUGACAAUGAACUGUGCGGCCAGUCGACAGGCGGUGUGGAGGACGAGGGCGAGUCGCAGGCCGGCUGGAUCGAGGGGGCGGCUAUCUUGUUUUCGGUGAUCAUCGUGGUGCUGGUGACCGCCUUCAAUGACUGGAGCAAGGAGAAGCAAUUCCGGGGCCUCCAGAGCCGCAUCGAGCAGGAGCAGAAGUUCACGGUCAUCCGCAAGGGGCAGGUGAUUCAGAUCCCGGUGGCCGAGAUCGUGGUGGGAGACAUCGCGCAGAUCAAGUACGGUGAUCUCUUGCCAGCAGACGGGAUCCUGAUCCAGGGCAAUGACCUGAAAAUAGAUGAGAGCUCGCUGACCGGGGAGUCAGACCAAGUCAAGAAAUCGCUGGAUAAAGACCCCAUGCUGCUGUCGGGUACCCACGUGAUGGAGGGCUCCGGCAGGAUGGUGGUGACUGCCGUGGGUAUCAACUCCCAGACGGGAAUCAUCUUCACUCUCUUGGGUGCAGGAGAAGGAGACGAGGAAAAGAAGGUGAAGAAAGGUAAAAAAACCGGAGCCCCUGAAAAUCGCAACAAAGCUAAAACUCAGGAUGGUGUGGCCUUAGAGAUCCAGCCCCUGAAGAGCCAGGAAGGGGUGGAAAAUGAGGAGAAGGAGAAGAAGAAGGUGAAGGUGCCCAAGAAAGAGAAGUCUGUGCUGCAAGGGAAGCUCACACGCCUGGCGGUCCAGAUCGGGAAGGCGGGGCUGAUCAUGUCGGCCAUCACAGUCAUCAUCUUGGUGCUGUACUUCGUGAUCGACACGUUUGGGGUGCAGGGGCGGCCCUGGCUGGCAGAAUGCACCCCCAUUUACAUCCAAUAUUUCGUCAAGUUCUUCAUCAUCGGUGUCACCGUGUUGGUGGUGGCUGUGCCUGAAGGGCUCCCGCUGGCGGUCACCAUCUCCCUGGCUUACUCUGUGAAGAAAAUGAUGAAGGACAACAACCUCGUGAGACACCUGGACGCGUGCGAGACCAUGGGCAAUGCCACCGCCAUCUGCUCGGACAAGACGGGCACGCUCACCAUGAACCGCAUGACUGUGGUACAGGCCUACGUCGGGGACACCCACUACCGCCAGAUCCCCGACCCUGAAGCCAUCCUGCCCAAGAUCCUGGACCUCAUAGUCAACGGUGUCGCCAUCAACUCCGCCUACACAUCCAAGAUUCUGCCACCUGAGAAGGAAGGGGGGCUACCCCGGCAAGUGGGGAACAAGACCGAGUGCGCCCUGCUGGGUUUCGUGCUGGACCUGAAGCAGGAUUACCAGGCUGUGCGGAACGAAGUGCCGGAGGAGAAGCUCUACAAGGUCUACACGUUCAACUCGGUGCGCAAGUCCAUGAGCACGGUGCUGAAGAAUGGCAAUGGCGGCUUCCGCAUGUACAGCAAGGGAGCCUCCGAGAUCAUCCUCCGCAAGUGCACCAGGAUCCUGGACAAGAAUGGAGACCCGCGGGUGUUCAAGGUGAAGGAUCGGGAUGAGAUGGUGAAGAAGGUGAUAGAGCCCAUGGCCUGCCACGGGCUGCGGACCAUCUGCCUGGCUUUCCGUGACUUCCCCGCUGACGCCGAGCCAGACUGGGACAGCGAGAACGAGAUCCUGUCUGACCUGACCUGCAUCGCUGUGGUCGGGAUAGAGGACCCUGUGCGGCCAGAGGUGCCAGACGCCAUCCUGAAGUGCCAGCGUGCAGGGAUCACCGUCCGGAUGGUGACGGGGGACAAUAUCAACACUGCCCGCGCCAUCGCCACCAAGUGUGGCAUCCUGCUGCCAGGGGAGGACUUCUUGUGCCUGGAGGGGAAGGAGUUCAACCGGCUCAUCCGCAACGAGAAGGGAGAGGUGGAACAGGAGCAGCUGGAUAAGAUCUGGCCCAAGCUGCGUGUGCUGGCCCGCUCCUCCCCGACAGAUAAGCACACGCUCGUGAAAGGAAUUAUUGACAGCACUGUUGGUGACCAGAGGCAGGUUGUGGCCGUGACCGGGGACGGGACCAACGAUGGCCCAGCUUUGAAGAAAGCCGACGUUGGGUUUGCCAUGGGCAUCGCAGGCACGGAUGUGGCGAAGGAGGCUUCGGACAUCAUCCUGACGGAUGACAACUUCACCAGCAUCGUCAAGGCGGUGAUGUGGGGACGCAAUGUCUAUGACAGCAUCUCCAAGUUCCUGCAGUUCCAGCUGACCGUUAACGUCGUGGCCGUCAUCGUGGCCUUCACGGGCGCCUGCAUCACGCAGGACUCUCCCCUGAAGGCUGUCCAGAUGCUGUGGGUGAACCUGAUCAUGGACACCUUCGCCUCCUUAGCCCUGGCCACGGAGCCCCCGUCCGAGUCCCUGCUGCUGCGCAAGCCAUAUGGGCGCAACAAGCCGCUCAUCUCCCGCACCAUGAUGAAGAACAUCCUGGGGCACGCCGUGUACCAGCUAACUAUCAUUUUCACGCUGCUUUUUGCGGGGGAGAAGUUUUUUGACAUUGACAGUGGCCGGAAUGCCCCGCUCCACUCCCCACCCACCGAGCACUACACCAUCGUCUUCAACACCUUUGUCAUGAUGCAGUUGUUCAAUGAGAUCAACGCGCGCAAGAUACACGGGGAGAGGAACGUCUUCGAGUCCAUCUACCGCAACCCUAUCUUCUGCACGGUGGUGCUGGGGACGUUCGCAGCUCAGAUCAUCAUUGUGGAGUUUGGUGGGAAGCCGUUCAGCUGCUCUGGGCUCACCCUGAGCCAGUGGUUCUGGUGUAUUUUUAUCGGAGUGGGAGAGCUCCUCUGGGGCCAGCUGAUCUGCACUGUCCCAACCAGCCACCUGAAGUUCCUGAAGGAAGCUGGCCAUGGCAUCACCAAGGAGGAGAUCCCAGAGGAGGAGCUGCCUGAAGACGUGGAUGAGAUCGACCACGCUGAGAUGGAGCUGCGGCGCGGGCAGAUCCUGUGGUUCCGGGGUCUCAACAGGAUACAGACGCAGAUCAAAGUGGUGAAUGCGUUCCGUAGCUCCUUGUACGAAGGCCUCGAGAAACCUGAAUCCAGAAGCUCCAUCCAUAACUUCAUGACUCACCCAGAGUUCAUCCUGGAGGAAGAUGAGCCUCGAACACCAUUCCUUGACGGCGCUGAAGAAGACCCCGAGACUGACGGACUCAAAAAGCGAGGUGGGGGUAGCCUGGGUGGAUCUACAUCCCUCAACAGAAAUAACAAUGCAGUGGACAGCGAUCAAGCUGAGGUCACCGUCCCGGAGCCUGAAAGCCCCUUACACAGCUUGGAGACAUCGGUUUGA